AUGCGAUCGCAGCGACCGCUCCUGCCGAAGAUCGAUCCUUCUGUUGGCUUUCGAGCUCCGGUAUAUCAAGGCGAAUUCACCCCUGCGAGCAGCGGUCAUAACUCCAUGAUCUCCCCUGUGAGCGCCGGCUCCGGCCCGAAAUCCCCAUGGCCUGCAGUGCGCAAAGGAUCACUCCCAGGACCUCGAAGACCGCCUUCCCCAGAGCUCACAAAUCUAGAUUGCGCCUUCCCUCCGUUCCCACUGCCUGCCAGAGCCGCGACAACGAAAAGAAGAGACAGAUCUGCGACGGAGCGUAGCGAGACAAAGAGAUCCCGGUCUCGGGAAGGCCGCAAAGGCGCUGCACACAGCAGCAGGCGUCCGGGGCUCAUAAGAGAAGGAUCCUCCAAUACUUCUGGCACAAAGUCGAGUGAUGCGGUGCCGACGUUGAAGCAGUCCCGACCCACAAGCCCUUUGAGCAAUGAGGUCAAGCUGGAAGGUCAUCAAGCGGAUCCUCAGAAGCCGCCGAACGUCCCAUUACCUGUAUCGAUCUCGGUUGCGACCACGGAGUCCUUGCCAGGCGUCAGCCUAGCCCUUCAGUCGUCGACCGAGAACACGCAGCCGAAGCCUCCUGAUGAUGCCAGGUCAGAUCCCAGUCUCAGUCAAAUGGACGUUGGUGGUACCAUGUCCAGCAAAUCUGAAUCACGCCCGGUCGAGCUGUGGCUGAAUGAGCGUGCUCGAGCCGAAACUGAACCAGCCUACAAAUCAAGGAGACCUGCUCCGAUCGUGAGCAACCACGAGAUUACCCCCUUGGUCAAGUCCCCUACCGCACCACAACCUUCGCCAAGCGGUAGCUUCGGACGAAGCUUAGGUAGACUGUUCAGUCGACGUCGGUCCCAAUCUGCCACUUCUCGGCGAGACGUUGUACGACUGGCUCUCAGCGACGAAUCAGACUCCUUUGAUAAGAGUUUUGCAGGCCAAAAUAUGUUCAGCCCGGGUAGCGAGCGGUCGUUCUUCACAGCAGAACCCUCUCCCCUGGCUACUUCACCAUUAAAGGCACCUGAGCCAUCGCCUAGCCAUGAAGAGUCUUUGAAGGCACUCGAAGGGCUGGCGCUCGAAUCUGCCGCCGAGCCACUCAAGAGGUCCGGGCAGGUACUACCAUCCGAUCUCGACGUAACAACAUCGCCGGAGCCCUUUGAAACGUCCGAGAAUACCUCUGCACCUGAAGGAUCGGAGCUGAUUGAGGCUCUCCGACGUGUCUCUAUCGACUCGGCCUCCUCUUAUGGUUCGAUUGGGUUUACUGAGCGUACGACAAGUUCAAGGUCGACUGCACCUCAGAUGGAUCCAAUGCCGAUCGACCCGUACAGCUCACCAGACUCUGCACUGCUCAAAUCUGGCAUUGUCGAUAUACCUGCACCACUAAGACCAAAGCUACCAGAGGUGUCACCCGACUCGCCCACCGAUCCUCUAUUUCAAGAAGGGCGCCUGUCUCCAAUCCCAGAUUCAGCGUACCACCCACAAGAUUCCCUCGAUGCCUUACCCUCGAUCCACGUGGAGCCAGAAACGAACCCAGAACCAGCUCAGACUCCAGAGCCUCGGCCAGUAGUGCGCAACAAAGCCAAAUUGUCGGUACCAAACAAGGGAGUAUGCCGUGGCUGUGCUCAGCUCAUCUUGGUCGGACAGAAGUCGGUGUCAAGUGCAGACGGACGACUUACGGGUCGUUACCACAAAGACUGCUUCGUCUGUCAGACUUGCAAAUCUGCGUUCCCGACUGCCGAGUUUUACGUUCACAACGAUCACCCUUACUGUGCACAUCACUAUCACGAGCUUGAGAAUUCCCUGUGUGCUACGUGUGGGAAAGGGAUUGAAGGACUAUACAUGGAAACAGCCAAUGUGGCAGGCCGAGGAAAAGAGAAACACCACCCGGAGUGCUUGAAAUGCACGACUUGCAAAAUUCGACUGGAUCACGAUUACUUCGAGCUUUCUGGCAAGGUGUACUGUGAACGAGACGCGUUCAGACUUGCAAGCUCGCCCAAGUCACAGUUUAACGCACCCAGUCGUCCGAGUCCCUUGGUCCGAGAAUACAUCUCCAGCGGAGAUCCUGGACUCGUGAAGGGCAGGAACUUCCCCGAGCGAAGAACGACCAGACUUAUGACGAUGGAUUAA